UGGGCCCCUAUACCCGCCUCCUCAUGCUGCUGCCAGGCCCCUAAUCUGCCAUGGGCCCCUAUAACCGCCUCCUCAUGCUGCUGCCAGGUCCCAGAGUCUCUCAUGGGUCCCUGUACGGCCUCCCAUUGCUGCUGUCUCCAUCGCCACACUCUGCCAUGCAUGCCACUUUCAGGUCUCCUCACACACUGCUGGUGUGUUCCAUUUUUUUGUCAUAGGCUGCUGACAGAUUACGGGCCUCCCCAUUGCUGCUGCAGGCCUGUAAUCUGCCAUGGGGCCUCCACCGCCUGGUCACGCUGCUGCUGGGUCCACAGUGUGACAUGGGUCCCUGUACCCCGCCUCCCAUUGCUCCCAUCUCUGCCAUGUGCCACUUUGAGGUCUCCUCACACUCCUGCUGUUUUCCAUUUUGUCAUAGGUUGCUGCAGAUUA